CACCAAUACUGGACGCAAGUUCCAAGCACAGGGUCAAGCCAGCUGCACAACUGCACAAGACACAACUUCAACGAAGAAGAUAAGGGACAAGUGGAAAAUAUACAGGACCAAGUCCUACUGCAACUGGAAAACCGGUCAGUGUUUGGAACUUCGACAUGUGGAAGCUACUUCUUCUCGCAUCAAUCAGCAUUGUUAAUGCUAAAAACACCUUUCUGAUCCUUGCCCCUAAGACCAUCAGCCCCUCGACAACCCUGCGUCUGGGGGUCAACUCCCUGAACGCCAGUCAGGACCUGACUGUAACAGCACGUGUACAGACACAAGAGUGGAACAACUUCCCCUAUGAACACUAUGAACAAAUCUACGUCGACCAUGCCAAUAACACAAACACAAUCCUCGGAGGAGAUGCAGGUAUCGUGAAUGUCAAGACUCCCCAGGAUCUGAAAUCUGACAACUACUUCCUGAAGGUCCAGGUAGAGACUAGCUCUGGAGAGGAAUACACAAGAAUGUACAACCUGAAGUACUACAGCAAGUACCUGUCAGCCUUUAUCCAGACUGACAAAGCCAUAUACAAGCCCGGAUCCACAGUCAACAUCCGUGCAUUUGCUGUGUACUCUGACCUUCUUUCCUACACUGGAAACAUGACAAUCGAGAUCUUUGAUCCCAACAACAACAAACUGAUGCUGCAGAAGGAUGUGAAAGAUCCUACUGGUGUCGUCACAAAGUCCUUCAAACUCAGCGCCAUGCCCAUCCUCGGAGAUUGGAAGAUCAGGGUCACAAUACCCAACAGCCAGAUGGAAGAGAAGAAAUUCGAGGUAUCCAACUAUAAUCUUCCACGCUUUGAGGUUACAGUGGAUGUUCCCAGUUUUGCUCUGGUAACAGAUCGAGACACAUUAAGGGCAAAGUUUUUGCAAAGUAUACAUUUGGCGAGGGAGUAUCUGGUGUCGCAGAGAUUCACGCUACGAUACCUGGAGAUUAUUCUGGAUCUUGUUCCUCUGAGCAACCGAAGAUCCUCAUGACUUUCCCACUUGAUGGAGAAAGU